CCCAGUUUCCCAUUUAACCGUUUGCCAUUGCCAAGCCGAUUUCCCAGUUGUUCGGUAUUAUUAUUAUCGGUAUAAAGUUUUCCAAUCGCCAAUUGUCGGUGAUGACGGUCUCUUACACCGCCGAGGUGGCCACUUGCAGUCACUUUGGUUGCUUCUGGAGGCUUUUGAUCAGAUGGCGUGCCAGCAUCUACAAGAUUAUCUGGGUGGACCUAUUGGCUUUUCUGGGCUGCUUUUAUUUUGUGGCCAUAAUCUAUCGAUUUGCACUGAGACCAAGCGAUAAAGCUUGCUUUGAGGCUAUCGUGAUGUACUGCCACAGCUAUGGCAACCUCAUUCCACUCUCAUUCGUUCUGGGCUUCUAUGUGGGCAUUAUCGUUGACCGUUGGUGGAGUCAGUACGUCACCGUGCCUUGGCCCGAUGCCCUGGCGGUAUAUGUGAGUUCCCUGGUCCGUGGCCAGGAUGAGCACGGUCGCCUGAUGCGGCGCACCAUUAUGCGCUACAUGUGCCUGGCUUUGACUAUGGUCCUAACCCUGAUAUCCCCUGUGAUCAAACGACGCUUUCCCAGCUAUGAUCAGCUGAUCGAAGUGGGCCUCCUCAAUGCCAACGAGGCUAACAUCAUUAGGGCCAUGGAUGCCAAGUUUCCGAAGCACCCGAAGCACUGGAUGCCCAUUGUCUGGGCGGCUAGUAUUGUGACGCGGGCCCGGAAGGAGGGUCGCAUCUGGGAUGACUUCUCGCUAAAGUCCAUGAUCGAUGAGAUGAACAAGUUUCGCGCUGGCUGCAAUAUGCUGAUACACUAUGAUACUAUAUCGGUGCCUUUGGUUUACACACAGGUGGUGACCCUGGCUGUUUACACGUAUUUCAUAGCCGCUAUUUUUGGACAUCAGUGGAUCGAUCGGGAGAAGAGUGGCAAAUUGUACAAUAACAUAGUCGACUAUUACUUUCCUCUGUUCAGCACCCUGGAGUUUUUCUUCUUCAUGGGUUGGCUGAAGGUGGCGGAGACCCUGAUCUGCCCCUUUGGCGACGACGACGACGAUUUCGAGCUAAACUGGCUGAUCGAUAGGAACCUGCAGGUCAGCUAUCUGAUUGUGGACGAGAUGCACAACGACCAUCCGCAGCUGGUGAGGGACCAGUACUGGGACGAGGUGUUCCCCAACGAACUGCCCUACCUGGUCGAGGCCGAGAGGGCCGAGCAUCCGGAAGCCUCCACCGCCAAGCUGGGCCUUUUGAAGCCCAAGUCCGUUAGCUCAAAGUCAACCAAGGGCGAUGAGGAUUACUCUACUUAUGAUAGCGAAAACGAGGCAGAGGAGGAGAACAGUCAGGAGCUGAAGCUCCGCUUUGCCAAGCGAGACUUUAGCUUUAGCCACAGCUCCUUUGCCACCACACGUUCCUCGGUCAGGUCCAGCCGGAACACCUUUGACGGCGAAGAGCUGGAGGACGAGGAGCAUGACCUUGAACAGGACGAUUUUGAUCUUCUGCGUAUUGAACGGGAAAGAGAACGUGUCAACCGACAGAUCCAACACGCCGCCCUCACCUACGAGCUGAUGAAAGAUGAAAUGGUUUCGAGCAUUGGAUCGGAGCCUGGGUCCAACCAAGAAGUCCAGACGGACAAAAGUUACAUUAGCCAGACCAAAGAGAAAAGCACUGAGGAUGAGGAUAAUGAUAAGGACCAAAACAAAGACCAGAAUAAGUAGAUUUUGUAAUUCAUUUUAUAAAACCAAGGAAGGAAAAUAAGGCAUAUAAUA